AUGAGUGAUACCAAUACAUGCAACGAAAAUGGUUCUCCCGCGGACGAGCCUCAAGAAAAAACGGCGAAGCAAUUGGAGAAGGAAGCAAAAAAAGCUGCAAAAUUGGAAAAAUUAAAAGCGAAAUUAGAUAAAAAGAGUAGUACACCUGUUGCUGCUCCGAAAACAGAGAAAAAGACAAAGGAAACAAAAGAAAGUGCAGUGUAUACAGCCCAAACGGCUACUGGUGACAAGAAGGAUAUAAAUGGCCCGAUGCCCGAUGCCUACAGUCCAAAAUAUGUUGAAGCUGCCUGGUACGCUUGGUGGGAGAAGCAGGGCUUCUUCAAACCGGAGUAUGGGCGUAAAUCAGUAUUGGAGCCAAAUGCAAAGGGUCAAUUUGUGAUGGUGAUUCCACCACCGAACGUCACUGGGUCUUUGCAUCUUGGCCACGCCCUUACAAAUGCUGUCGAAGAUGCUAUUACCAGAUGGCAUAGAAUGCACGGUCGGACAACACUAUGGAAUCCAGGCUGUGAUCACGCUGGUAUCGCGACUCAGGUCGUUGUUGAGAAAAAACUAUGGCGAGAGGAGAAAAAGACCAGACACGAGCUGGGAAGGGAGGAGUUUAUCAAACGCGUCUGGAAUUGGAAAGAAGAGAAAGGCGGCCGCAUCUAUGAACAACUCAGGUCCCUGGGUUCGUCUCUCGACUGGUCUCGGGAACGGUUUACAAUGGACGCGACUAUGUGCCGAGCUGUAAAUGAAGCCUUCAUACGCCUACAUGAUGCUGGAGAUAUCUACAGGGCCAACAGACUCGUCAACUGGUCUUGCACUUUGAAGAGUGCAAUAUCCGAUAUCGAGGUGGACAAAGUCGAGCUGACCGGACGCACUAUGUUGUCUAUACCAGGCUACAAUAACAAGGUGGAAUUUGGGGUGUUAGUACACUUUGCGUACAAAGCUGAAGAUUCUGACGCAGAACUGGUGGUGGCCACCACUCGAGUAGAAACAAUGCUUGGAGAUGUGGCCGUUGCUGUACAUCCAAACGAUGCGAGAUACAAGGCAUUAAUAGGGAAAAUGUUGCUUCAUCCAUUCGUAGAUAGAAAAUUACCAGUAAUUUCUGAUGAAUAUGUGGAUAUGAAUUUCGGAACCGGUGCUGUGAAGAUUACUCCUGCGCAUGAUCAAAAUGACUAUGAAAUCGGAAAACGACACAAUUUAGACUUCAUCACCAUUUUCGAUGAUGAAGGCAAAAUGCUUGAUAACUGUGGAAUAUUCUCUGGUAAAAAGCGCUUCGAUGUCCGUCGUGAAAUAAUAAAAGCAUUAGAAGAGAAGAAACUAUACCGAGAGACCAAAGACAACGCUAUGGUGGUGCCUUUGUGCAGUCGGUCCAAAGACGUGGUUGAGCCCAUGCUGAAACCCCAAUGGUACAUCAAAUGCGACAAAAUGGCGUCCGAAGCAAUCAAGGCUGUAAAGAACGGCGAUCUAAAGAUUACCCCAGACGCUCACGAGAAGACGUGGUACCAUUGGAUGGAAAACAUUCGCGACUGGUGCAUCUCGCGGCAGCUGUGGUGGGGGCAUCAAAUACCUGCAUAUAGGGUCACAUUGCCAGAUAAUCAGAAAGAAGAGCGUUGGAUAUCAGCGCACUCAGAAGAAGAAGCGCGCAAGAAGGCCAGUGUCAAAUUCAACGUUGCCCCUGAAGACAUCGGCUUGAAGCGGGAUGAGGAUGUACUGGAUACUUGGUUCUCGUCAGGGCUGUUCCCGUUCGCUAUUUUCGGAUGGCCUGAUAACACUGACGAUUUACUGGCUUUCUAUCCCACAACUCUCCUUGAAACUGGACACGACAUUCUUUUCUUCUGGGUCGCGAGGAUGGUGUUCUUUGGUCAACGGUUAAUGGAAAAACUGCCUUUCAAGGAAGUAUACCUCCAUCCUAUGGUAAGAGAUGCCCACGGUCGGAAGAUGUCCAAAUCACUGGGUAACGUCAUUGACCCAGUUGAUGUGGUGACGGGCAUCACGUUGGAGGAAUUACACGCGCAGCUUUCGGAAUCUAAUCUAGACCCUAAGGAGAUAGAGAAGGCAAAGCAAGGACAGAAGCAGGAUUACCCCAAUGGUAUUCCGGAAUGUGGCACAGAUGCAUUGAGGUUUGCCCUAUGUGCAAUGACCCAAGGUCGCGAUUUGAAUCUAGAUAUUCUCCGUGUUCAAGGCUACAGAUUCUUCUGUAAUAAACUGUGGAAUGCUACAAAAUUCGCACUUAUGUACUUCCCCAAGGAUACGAUGUAUAAGGUCCACGAAGCCGGCUCGUUACCAUCAGGUUUAUCUAUGGUCGACAAGUGGAUGAUGUCCAGAUUGUCUUAUGCUGUACACAAAGUUAACGAGGGAUUCCAGACCUACGAUUUUCCAGCUGCCACCACAGCCUGCUACAAUUUAUGGCUCUACGAUCUAUGCGAUGUCUAUCUGGAGUACUUGAAACCGGUGUUCGCCCAAGGUUCCCCUGACGAGCAAGAAGCGGCCAGACGCACUCUAUACACCGUCCUGGAAUAUGGACUGAAGUUACUCAGUCCGUUUAUGCCUUUUAUCACUGAAGAACUAUACCAGCGUUUGCCGAGAGCGGACACUUCUUGUGUCUCUAUCUGCGUGGCGCCAUAUCCUACUGAUUCCGACACGCCAUGGCAUUGCAGGAUCUUGGAAUCGGAUGUCGAUAACGUCAUGAAAAUGGUCCACGCUAUUCGUUCAACACGCUCCGAGUACAACAUACCGAACAAGACCAAAACCGACGUCUACCUCAUUGUGAGCGAGGACCUUGUAAUUCUAAAAGAUGUAUUUGAGAAAAUGCAGUGCUUGGCAAACAGUAGGUUUGUUGAUGAUGUGCCGCCAGCUGGCUGUGCGAUCCUGCCCAUAUCGGAUAAAAUGGAAGUACACCUGUACUUGAAGUGUCUAAUAGAUGCCGAGAAGGAAAUAGUGAAGCUCGAGAAGAAGAAAGAUGUUCUAGAACAAGCGUUGAAGAAGUUAAAGCAGUCUAUGGCGGUAGACGACUACGCUUCAAAAGUGCCCGCUGACGUUCAAAAGAGCAACUCUGAAAAAAUGACAACGACGUUGGGAGAAAUUUUAAGACUACACACAGCUAUACAGACGUUAAAGAUAUUUUAA